GUUUGCAAAAUGCAUGCUCCCACCAGGGUGCAGAGCUCACCUGUCCCUGCUGGAGCAAGGUGCGCCCUAGCCAACACAGUCACGUGGCCGCCCAGCCCUCCUCGAGUUACCUGGAAUGUCUGGGCGGAGGCCAGAAAGACCUGGAGCUGCGCGCGCAGCCAAAGUGUAUGUCUCUGAUAUUUUCAGAGGGUUGGUUAGGCCAAGGAGCACAACCAAGUCACCGAGACUAGACAGGUCACCCGGAGUGCUUCUCACUGUACCUUGGCAGGAGCCAACAGAGAAACAUUGGCUACUUUAACCACCUUAAAGCGGACUCCAGGAAUAUCACCUACAGCAUGACCUUUUCGACCAAAUCCAGCAACCAGAACUUCAUCAUUUUCCUCAAUGAAGUUCAGGCAGCCAUCAUUGGGCACGAACGCUGUGAUCUUCUUCCCGUUCUUAAUGAGCUGCACCCUGACGCACUUCCUGAUGGCAGAAUUUGGCUGUUUGGCCUCAACCCCUACUUUUUCCAGCACAAUUCCCUUUGCAUGAGAGGCACCCCCAAACGGAUUGGCCUUCAGGGCUGUGCCCAAGUGGGCUUUCUUGUACUGUUUGUCAUGCCACUUCUGGUCCCGUCGGUGACUGCGGAGCUUCCGGGCAGUUCGGAGACCACGACACUUGCCCAUCUUGCCGGCGCCACGGGCCCAAGAGAAAGCAUUCCACCAUGUCUUAUGUGGAGUCUCACCAGCCAUCUGCCAGUAUACAAUACAUACAAUACAGCACCCUGCCUGUGGCCUUUUUCUCCCUCUCUUCAACAUUGAGGGAUUUAAAGCAAGCCCCUAAAUGCCACGUUGUUUCACCUAUAUUUAAUUAGCUUCCUAAUUGCUUUAGGAACUAUCUUCCUAAUUAUGUUUCAUUCAGCUAAGUACAAAACUCAUUCUUUCAUUGCAACUGUUGUAAAUAUGUUGUUUGUUUGUUUGUUUGUUUGUUUGAGAUAGGGUCUAACUGACCCGGAACUUAACUCUGUAGACUAGCUUGACCUUAAACUCACAGACAUCUGCCUACCUGCCUCAAGAGUACUGAGAUUAAAGAUUUGUGCCAACACACCCAGCCCUCUUAUCCCAUCGCCACUGUGACUAUGCAUUAGUUCUAAGGCUAAAUGUGCAAUAUAUGUGUGUGUGUGUGUACUUUUUAAUUCUGGAAAGAAAUAAACAUAACAAAGGAAAUUAUACUACC